UUUAAAUUUAUUAUGAGUUGGAUAAGUGCAUCAUAUAACCAAAAGGGCGUCUACUUUUACAAAAACAGACUCACAAAUGGCAAAAUCUAGUACGCCUCCACAGGUAUAAUGUAGUGUAGUAGAGUGUGUGUUGGUGGAUUUGUACACUCCACUCGGUUUUUGGGCCCCCUAAUCAUCAUUUCCGACAAUAUAAAUACUACUCAGUUCGGAAAGAAUCAUUAUAUUUUAUCGUUGGAACAUUCUUCACUAAAUUUGUGUAGAGAGAUGGAGCAUGAUGAAAUUAAUGGUGCUUCAUCAGAUCCUGGCCAAGCUCUUGCUCUAACUAUACGAAAGAUAAUGGAAAAGGAAUUGGAACCUUUGGUGUUAAAAAUGGUUAGUGCAGUGAUAAAGCCGAUGGUCAUCACUACCGUCCAACAAGAGAUAGUACCACUUGCUGAGGAUCUAAUCCGUAGAGUGGUCAAAGAGGUUUUUCAACCUGUUGAAGAGAAGCUUUUGAAUGGAGGGAGUCGGGAUGAGUUGCCAAAGGGAGGGAGUUUACAGCUGAAGUUCUUAGAUGAUGUAUCCGAUACGGUGACAGGUGAGGAGCUAAAAGGGAUCAAAUAUGAAUGCCUGAAGUUGGCUCUGCUCAAUCCAGAUGGGAACAUCGUGGCCUCUGGCCGUGAAUCCUCUGCAAAGGUGGAGAUAUUACUCCUCCAUGACAAUGGAAAUGAUGAUAUCACUAUUGAAAAUUUUGAGAGAAGCAUCAUUCAAACAGGAGAAAAGAAGAAGCCUCACUUUGCUAAAAGUGUGUAUAUAUCUCUCAAGGAAGGUGUUGGGGAUUUAAAUGGCCUCAAGUUGGGACAUGACAAAGACUGGAUUAAGCUGUGCAACUGCAGGCUAGGGGCGAGGAUCGGGCAGAAUCUCGAGGGAACUACAGUGCAGGAAGCAUGGACGCUGCCAUUUAAGGUCACAGACAAGCGUGACAAACAGUACGACAAACAUCCCCUUCCGUUUCUUUCUUCUGAAGUUUGGAGAUUGGAGGGAGUUUGCAGAAAUGGCAAGCGAUGUGAUCGCCUGAAAGACAAAAACAUCAAGACUUUGCAAGAUUUCCUGUUUUGGUUCCAUGUCAAUCCUGAGGAGCUCCAAAAACAAAUACUACGUGUUGGUGAUGGCGCAUGGAAGACAACAGUCACUCAUGCUGAGACCUGCAUUGUUGAUGAUAAGAAGAUGUACUCUCACAAAUCUUCCACAGAACCUCAAAUGCGUGUUGUUUAUGAUGUUGUGGGAGAACUGAAGGGGGUAAUUGACGAGUCCCACUUUGUCCCAAUUCAUAAUCUGUCUCCUGAUAGAAAGGAUCGUGCACGCAACUUACUCAGCUCGGUAUUGGAAGUGUCUGCAUUUGGAGAACGAUACAACAAUGUUGAAGCUUCCCUUCUCCAUGAGCUCCCAUUGCAGCACUGUUGGAAUGGCAGUGGCCUCACACUGUCUGAAAAUAUGAAAGGAUAUGAUUCUGGGCCGUCGUCUGACUCUCUUGGAUCAAAAGAAAUGGGAGAGCUAUGCAACCCCACCUCCGGCCUGUCUCCUGCAGAUCCCGUACCUCGAGUAAGUAGAGAUGGUGAGAUCCACAAAUGUGUUGGGAAUAAUAAAGUGAAAUAUGUGGAGGAUUUCAGACAUUUCGAGAACCAUUCUUGUCCUACAAGUAUGCUGCUUAUGUCAGAAAAUAACAAGCACAAGCGCUCAUUUGCAGCAUCGAGCAGCGGGCGUUCAAACGACUCGUUUGACAGUGCAAGGUCAGCAAUGGAGAAGGGGUGGUUUGAUGAUGAGGACUGCUAUCGCCCUGGUCCUCCCAGUCCAGACCUCAUGCUGCCUUAUGCCGACGACACUUACAGCUACAACACUCGGGCUUCUGGCCAUUGCUACGAGGAGACGUCGCGUGGGCAUGGUUGUGAUGAAGUCGAUCCGCCAAAAGGGUGGAAGAAGUUGUACAGGCUAUGGUCCACAUUAAGGGAAAGGGUGUCUGUAGAUGUUAGUAGUAGCCACAAGAAGAGGAGAGUUGGUUAACCAUGGCUCGUAUUGUUCGAGUACCGGUGUGUGUGACUGUCUCACGGGUUAAGAUCCGAGCUCAUUUCCGGUGCUAUAUUGAAUUCGUUUAUGUGCACCGUUUCAUGGAUCUUGAUCCGUGAGAUGGACUCACACGACACUUUUUUUUAUAUUUUUUUUAUUAUUAUUUUGGCUUUAGUUGUUUCUUGUGUACAUGAAGGAACCGGUUUGCACAUGAGAUCCUCUAUUCCACUAUUUUGUGUGUACCACUCUUAAUUUAUUAUAAUUUUUAAUUAUAUUUUCUUCAA